AUGGCACCAGAUGGACACCAGAUGGACACCAGAUGGACACCAGAGGGCGUAGUGGGAGCAGAUGUGACAGAUCAAAUACUAAAGUUGCGGGCGGCUGAUGUAGAGAUUUUCGGGGCAGUUGAGAAAACGGUAGUGGAGUACCAGGAGGAGAAUGAUCGGCUACGGAGACUGCUGCGGAGGACACCAGAGAUGCAACUAUGUGGAAUAGACUCCCUGCAGCUCUCUGUCUCUGAAGAGGAGGUUCCCCCUGAGCAGCAGCACUGUGAGCAGGAGUGGAGCCCCAGCCUGGGGCAGGAGGACCCAGAGCCCACACUGAUUAUAGACGAAGAGGAGGAAGUCAGGACCAGUCAGGAGGAAGAGCAGUUUCAAGGGCUGGAGCCUGAUAUAGAGUUCAUAUUCACUCCUUCCUGUGUGAAAAGUGAAUGUGAUCUGGAGGACCCACUUUGGUCCUUGACUCUUCCCCAAACCCAGACUGUGGAGAACAGAGAGAGAGACUCUAAACCAAUGGAUAUCAAACCUUUUGGCACUGUGACCCACUUAAAGGGUCUCGACAUUCCCUGUGACCUUCCAUAUAAUCGUAACAAUGCCUCCAGCCACAGCUCAGCCGUAAGCAGCGACCUAGUAGGGCUUGACAUCAGACCACCAUUUGAUCCCAACGCACCAAUGGGGGAACCCUGCAUCUGCCCUUUUUGUGGCAAGACCUUCAAACAAAAAGGAAAUCUGUCCAUGCACAUGAAGAUUCACACAGGAGAGAAACCGUUUAGCUGUGGUGACUGCGGGAAACGCUUCAAUCGCAAGGAGCACUUAACCAGACAUAUACGCAUUCACAGAGGAGAGAAACCAUUCAGCUGCCAUUUUUGCUGUAAAAGCUUCAAUCAGAAAGGGGACCUAAGGAGACACAUACUGACUCACACGGGAGAGAAACCAUUUAGCUGUGGUGACUGCGGUAAAGGCUUCAUUCGCAAGGAGCAUCUAAUUGCACAUGUACGGACUCACACAGGAGAAGUGUCUGUGUCAAACAGAACCUAACCAUGCAGAAACUGGCAAAUAGAUCUCUGAUGGAUUUACUGUCGUAAAAACAUUGUAUGUAAAUCAAGUUUGAUUUGAAUGAUGCGGUAAUGAUCAAACUAGGGGUGCACCGAUAUGACAUUUUUGGCCGAUACCGAUAACCAAUAUUACAAAUUUCUUUGCGGACUUUUAAGCAUUCUAGUACAGUUAAAGAGUUAACACACACACACAUACACAUGGACUCAGUGGUCUAAGGCACUGCAUCUCUGUGCAAGAGGCGUCACUACAAUCCCCGGUUCGAAUCCAG